UAAUGUCUCUCUCGUCUAAGAGAUCACGUAAUGAGAGCUUAUGUUAAUCUAAUUAUUAUUAUUUUUUUAAUGUGUAGUAGUAUUUCCCGUAUGUAAAGAUGUAAUUUGUUGGACAAUAAGAGUUUUUAAGUUGAAAAGGAAAUGGUUGCAGUGUAUGAUUUCGAAAGAAAGCUUAAAAAUCUUUUCGAAAGAAAGCUUUAAAAGAGAGGUGUGCGGAUACUCAGAAAGUGACACCAUUUGGAGUUAGCUAUUCAGUUGGCAUAAUAUUUAAUUCAGAAUUUUGAAAUGGCACCAUAGUUAGUUCCUAAAAGUGAACUCCUGAAAGACUUGGAACAUGGGAAAUCAACUAACUGGCAUUGUUCCUUCCCAAAUUUUUCCUGUAGAAUAUUACCUUGCUGAUCUAUCUGACUACACAUUUGAUCUUAAUUUAGGUAGUACCCGCUUUUUUAAAGUUGCUAGAGCUAAGCAUAAAGAAGGAUUAACAGUUGUAAAAGUGUUUGCGAUACGAGAUCCUUCACUGCCAUUAAAAGCUCACCGCGAUAGACUGGAUGAGAUAAAAAAGUUGCUUGAAAAAGUUCCUAAUACUGUGCCGUUUCAAAAAUGUAUG